AUUGGCUUCUUUUUCUCUCAAUCCGGUGGCCUAGCCAUACUUGUACAAUGAACAUUUGAAUCUCAAAGGAUACAAGCUACAUAAACGCUAUGGCGUCUGUAUAUUUCAUCACUGGCAAUGCUAAUAAGCUGAAGGAGGUGAAAGCUGUCCUUGAGCCGCAUGUCGAAGUAUCGAGCCAGGCUAUUGACCUCGAAGAAAUUCAAGGCAGUAUCGAGGAGGUGACAAUUGCGAAAUGCACGAAGGCGGCUGUACUGGCAAAUGGACCUGUUCUUGUUGAAGAUACAGCCCUCUCUUUUAACGCACUGAAUGGUCUACCUGGCCCAUACAUCAAAUGGUUUCUUUCAGAUAUUGGUCUCGACGGGCUUAAUAACCUGUUAGCUGCGUACCCUAACAAGGAAGCUGAAGCCAUUUGUACAUUCGGGUAUUGUGCUGGGCCAGGAGAGCCACCGAUCCUGUUUCAAGGUCGAGUUCAGGGAAAGAUUGUCCCUCCACGUGGUGGCAGAAACUUCGGUUGGGACCCUAUUUUUGAAUACGAAGGCAAAACUUUUGCGGAGAUGGACGUUGUUGAAAAAACAAAGAUAUCGCAUCGUGGCAAAGCAUUAGACAAACUCCAGUCGUGGCUUCGUGAACAACCCCGCGACACCAUUGCGUGAAGAAAGUGUGAUCAAAUUGGAUCCGGGCUACUCAGACACAUAAAUAUCAGUACCUUUGUUUAGCAUAUAGAUAGCACGUAC